AUGAAGGGGCUGUGUAAUCUGACAGCAUCUGCAAUGGCACUGCUCCUGGCCGUGUCUUUCAUAUCUCUAUCCUGGAGUGCACCUCAGGCUCAUUUUCAAAGGAGAAACUGGACUCCUCAGGCUAUGCUCUAUUUGAAGGGUGCACAGGGACGUCGAUUCAUCUCAGAUGAGAGCCAGCGAAAGGAUCUGUAUGACAGAAUGCAGCUUGAAACACGCAGCCAAAAUAUAAAUCCUCUAUCUCUUUCUGAAGCUGCAAGAUUGUUCCUUAGUUCCUUGUGGAAAGCACAAGAAGUCAAAGAAGAAAACAGUGAUCACCCUGGCUCCUUGUCAGAUAAUCAAUCAAACUGGUGA